GGGGGGAAGGAGAGGAAGGGGGGAGGAGAGGAAGGGGGGAGGAGAGGAAGGGGGGAAGGAGAGGAAGGGGGAAGGGAGAGGAAGGGGGGAAGGAGAGGAAGGGGGGAAGGAGAGGAAGGGGGGAAGGAGAGGAAGGGGGGGAGGAGAGGAAGGGGGGAAGGAGAGGAAGGGGGGGAGGAGAGGAAGGGGGAAGGAGAGGAAGGGGGAAGGAGAGGAAGGGGGGAAGGAGAGGAAGGGGGGGAAGGAGAGGAAGGGGGGGAGGAGAGGAAGGGGGGAAGGAGAGGAAGGGGGGGAGGAGAGGAAGGGGAAGGAGAGGAAGGGGGAAGGAGAGGAAGGGGGGAAGGAGAGGAAGGGGGGAAGGAGAGGAAGGGGGGAGGAGAGAAGGGGGGGAGGAGAGGAAGGGGGAAGGAGAGGAAGGGGGGAAGGAGAGGAAGGGGAAGGAGAGGAAGGGGGGGAAGGAGAGGAAGGGGGGAGGAGGAGGGAAGGGGGGAAGGAGAGGAAGGGGGGAAGGAGAGAAGGGGGGAGGAGAGGAAGGGGGAAGGAGAGGAAGGGGGAAGGAGAGGAAGGGGGGAAGGAGAGGAAGGGGGAAGGAGAGGAAGGGGGAAGGAGAGGAAGGGGGGAAGGAGAGGAAGGGGGGAGGAGAGGAAGGGGGGAAGGAGAGGAAGGGGGGGAGGAGAGGAAGGGGGAAGGAGAGGAAGGGGGAAGGAGAGGAAGGGGGAAGGAGAGGAAGGGGGGGAGGAGAGGAAGGGGGAGGAGAGAAGGGGGGGAGGAGAGGAAGGGGGAAGGAGAGGAAGGGGGGAAGGAGAGGAAGGAGGGGAAGGAGAGGAAGGAGGGGAAGGAGAGGAAGGGGGGGAGGAGAGGAAGGGGGAGGAGAGGAAGGGGGAAGAGAGGAAGGGGGGAAGGAGAGGAAGGGGGGGAGGAGAGGAAGGGGGGGAAGGAGAGGAAGGAGGGGAAGGAGAGGAAGGGGGGAAGGAGAGGAAAGGGGGGGAAGGAGAGGAAGGGGGGAGGAGAGGAAGGGGGGAGGAGAGGAAGGGGGGAGGAGAGGAAGGGGGGGGGGGGGGGGAAGGAGAGGAAGGGGGAGGAGAGGAAGGGGGGAAGGAGGAGGGGGAAGGAGAGGAAGGGGGAAGGAGAGGAAGGGGGGGAGGAGAGGAAGGGGGGAGGAGAGGAAGGGGGGAAGGAGAGGAAGGGGGAGGGAGAGGAAGGGGGGAAGGAGAGAAGGGGGGAAGGAGAGGAAAGGGGGGGAAGGAGAGGAAGGGGGAAGGAGAGAGGGAAGAAGGGGGGGAAGGAGAGGAAGGGGGGGAGGAGAGGAAGGGGGGAAGGAGAGGAAGGGGGAAGGAGAGGAAGGGGGGAAGGAAGAGGAAGGGGGGAAGGAGAGAAGGGGGGAGGAGAGGAAGGGGGGGAGGAGAGGAAGGGGAAGGGGGAAGGGGGAAGGAGAGGAAGGGGGGAAGGAGAGGAAGGGGGAAGGAGGGGGGGGGAGGGAGGGAAGGGGGGGGAAGGAGAGGAAGGGGGGGAGGAGAGGAAGGGGGGAGGAGAGGAAGGGGAAGAGAGGAAGGGGGAAGGAGAGGAAGGGGGAAGGAGAGGAAGGGGGGAAGGAGGAGGAAGGGGGAGGAGAGGAAGGGGGGGAAGGAGAGGAAGGGGGGGAAGGAGAGGAAGGGGGGGAGGAGAGGAAGGGGGAAGGAGAGGAAGGGGGAAGGAGAGGAAGGGGGGAGGAGGGAAGGGGGAAGGAGAGGAAGGGGGAAGGAGAGGAAGGGGGGGAAGGAGAGGAAGGGGGGGAGGAGAGGAAGGGGGAAGGAGAGGAAGGGGGGGAGGAGAGGAAGGGGGGAAGGAGAGGGAAGGGGGGAAGGAGAGGAAGGGGGGAAGGAGAGGAAGGGGGAAGGAGAGGAAGGGGGAGGAGAGGAAGGGGGAAGGAGAGGAAGGGGGGAGGAGAGGAAGGGGGGAAGGAGAGGAAGGGGGGAAGGAGAGGAAGGGGGGAAGGAGAGGAAGGGGGAAGGAGAGGAGGGGGGAGGAGAGGAAGGGGGGGGGGGGGAAGGAGAGGAAGGGGGGAGAGGAAGGGGGGGGGGGGGAAGGAGAGGAAGGGGGGAAGGAGAGGAAGGGGGGAAGGAGAGGAAGGGGGAAGGAGAGGAAGGGGGGAAGGAGAGGAAGGGGGGAAGAGAGGAAGGGAAGGGGGGGAAGGAGAGGAAGGGGGGAGGAGAGGAAGGGGGGAAGGAGAGGAAGGGGGGAGAGGAAGGGAGGAGAGGGGGGAAGAGAGGAAGGGGGAGGAGAGGAAGGGGGAAGGGAGGAAGGGGGGAAGGAGAGGAAGGGGGAAGGAGAGGAAGGGGGGAAGGAGAGGAAGGGGGAAGGAGAGGAAGGGGGGAGGAGAGGAAGGAGGGGAAGGAGAGGAAGGAGGGGAAGGAGAGGAAGGGGGGGAAGGAGAGGAAGGGGGGGAAGGAGAGGAAGGGGGGGAGGAGAGGAAGGGGGAAGGAGAGGAAGGGGGAAGGAGAGGAAGGGGGGAAGGAGAGGAAGGGGGGAAGGAGAGAAGGGGGGGAAGGGAGGAGGGGGGGAGGAGAGGAAGGGGGGAAGGAGAGGAAGGGGGAGGAGAGGAAGGGGGGAAGGAGAGGGAAGGGGGAAGGAGAGGAAGGGGGAGGAGAGGAAGGGGGGAAGGAGAGGAAGGGGGGAGGAGAGGAAGGGGGGAGGAGAGGAAGGGGGGAGGAGAGGAAGGGGGGGAAGGAGAGGAAGGGGGGGAAGGAGAGGAAGGGGGGGAGGAGAGGAAGGGGGGAAGGAGAGGAAGGGGGAGGAGAGGAAGGGGGAAGGAGAGGAAGGGGGAAGGGAGGGAGGGGAAGGAGAGGGGGGGAAGGAGAGGAAGGGGGAGGAGAGGAAGGGGGGGAGGAGAGGAAGGGGGGAAGGAGAGGAAGGGGGAAGGAGAGGAAGGGGGGAAGGAGAGGAAGGGGGAAGGAGAGGAAGGGGGGGAAGGAGAGGAAGGGGGGGAGGAGAGGAAGGGGGGGAAGGAGGGAAGUUGAGACGAGAGCCCCGCGCGCCUGACCUAAACUCCAGUACCUCGC